CCACAAUAAUGAGAGAGAACACAUGCAGAGGAAGCUGCAAAGCGCCUGCAUGAGGCAAUAGCUGUUGUCACAUUAUCGCCGGCUCUAAUGCUGAACGGAGGCCAGCGUGACACUUAACCAAAGCCCUCAUCUGUUUACUGUGGGCGAAGAUGUGGAGUUUUAGGUCCGUCUGGUAUCAGAAGGUUCAUGAAACACGAUGAACACGCAGCUCAGUUUGUAUCUGCACUGUUUUCUGCAGCCAAAGUGCAGAGUUUACUGAGCAACAGAUGGAUAAUAGUGCACAAAUCUUAAGAUGCGUGUCCAACGUCUUCUUGAUAAAAGAGGAGUCAGACACGAUCAAACCUCCUCAGACGUUGGUGAGUUUGUCUGACAGAAGAGGCUUCUGGUGAAUCCAACGCUCGCGCUCUUCUCACACGCUGGUCUGUAGUUAGAAUCCCAGCUUUGUCUGCUCAGCAGUGAAACGUGGUCACAACUGUGUUUGUCGCUGGCAUCAAUAGAAUUUCUGCCCAAACCUUUAAAUUGUGCCAAUUUACAUGAAAGUUAUUUAUAAUCACAGAAACAAAAAGUCUGCAAAGCAAAUGUUUUACCUAAAGUUAAACUGGUCUCCAAACUGGAGUUCCAUCUACCAACUAUGUUACUGCCAUCUCAUCAUCACAGCAGCUUCAGCUGCCUCAGAUCGCUCACACAGCUCCGACUACAUUAGCAGCGAACGCACGCGGAGCCGGAGAACCGGCGUCUGGCUGGGAGCUGCACCUGUAGCUGAGCUGGCCUGGGUUGAAGCUGGGGGUUUGACCGCGACCCGUCCUGUGCAGCACCUAUAAAAGGAGCAGGCCGAGCUCGUGUUCAGGCACACGAGCAGCCUAACUUUAGCUUCCUGUCAGGACCUCCCUGCAGCAGGCUGCACAAACACUGUCUGUAACCUUAGUGCAGCUUUAAUGUGUGUGUCACCACUCCAUCACAGGCAGCAUGCCUGCCUGCGUGGGACAUGGUUGCCAUGGUAACCUCAUGGCGCUUUGGUCAUUUCUUGGCCUGUGUCGGGUCCUACAGAAAACAGCCUCAGUCAGUUCUGGAGCCUCCACCCUGGUUGCCUGCUGAUCAGAGACCGUGGGUCCGGUUCCGGGGCCGGGUCCGACCCCUCCAGGGGAAUGUGCUGUCGGGCCUGGACCCCUGUGGCAUCUCGCCUGGUGUCGUCUUUCAGACGUUUGCAUAACUCAUUAACGCUCAGCCGAUGGGGUGUGCGUUGGUGCAGCUCGUCACUCAUACCUCCACAUUCUCUUAGUUUGUGUUGGGAACCGCAGGUUUUCGUUGUGUGAUCGUUUCUGGCUCGUGAUGCCGACAUAAUGACACAAAGCUGAGGUGAAGCCGCAGCUGGUGACAGGCUGUGUUUCUGAUCUGUGGCCGUGAUUCCAUCCUUCCAACACGGUUACGUGUGUGUGUCCCAACGUAAGCAGAGUGGACCCUUCACCUCAUUACUGACAAGUACUGGUACUGCAUUGGUUGCAGGCUCACGUCUGCCACCUGGUGGAGGCGCUAAACAUUCUCUCACUUUCGUAAGGAUUAAAGCUUGUACCAGCGCCUGAAGUAUCAAAGUAAAGCAAAUAUUAUGAGUAAGGAAAAUAUGCUGCAGUGAAGCUUCUUCUAUGUUGCUAAUUAUUAAGCUCGUUUGCUUUUAAUUAAACAUCUCAGAACAUUUGUUAGUUUAACAAACUCAGAAUAAAGACCCACUGUGCUCUGAGUGAAAGGCGGAGACUCACGUGUUUUCAUUUUAACUAAGCUCUGCCAGUUUUCUGCAGAGGUGUCUCCAGGGGUCAGAGGUCACAGUCACCCCGACUCGUCUUUCAAGCGCUGGUGCCCAGUUCUUAUGUAAGUGACAGCAAGCAGUAAACGGUGUGUGCGUCUUACGUAACCGACUUCCAGACGCACGCGCGCUUUGCUCCAUUAAAGGCGUGUCUUCGUGUCUGCCUCCAGUCGUAAUGUGGACAUUAUCGCAGCAGCUGAACUUUGAGAGCACAGACUGUCACCAGCCAGCGGCGACACACUCAGGUCCCAGAGGAGCAGCAGGUGGAGAAUGUGAAGCUUCUUUCCACUCGCUCCAUCAGUUAGGCUGCGUUUUGCACAAUAGAAUAUGGAAACAUCGCUUCAGUGCAACUAUCACACAAGCAGAACACGACGUACAUGUGCUUCAUCCAUUCUCAAAUAAAGCAGAGGAAGAAAUGAGAUAAAAAAUAAAACACCAGAGCGCUGACGGCUCUGAAGUGAACCCAGUGGUGGAGUGUAGAAGGAGCCAGGGGCCUGUUGAAGGCAGGUAUUUACACUAAGCCUGGGCUGAGUCACCACGAUGGCAUCGCUCCGUCCUCCUGUGGCACAGAUGCCACAGGGAGGGAAACCCUGCGAUUAAACAGCAUGUCAGAGAUCAGACAGCUCCUAUGUCCAGUCACUGAGCGCUUGUCAGGAGGCCCACAAUGUGUAGGAGCCACUAAUCGGUCCUAUUGUGAGGAGCCGAUUCAGCUGGUGGAAUAAAUAGACAGUCAGGUUUGGGCGUCUUCCUGUUUCACACCCAGCUCUAGGCUCAUGACCAGCGGCUCCAUGGAGGAGGCUGAUGUCUCCCUUUCACUGUCUGUCCAGCGACUGUUAGCAGCUCAGGCUAAAGCUCGCUGCACGAUGUUCAGUCCAUGGAACCAGGGCUAUGCUCCGUCUGGGUCUUCCUCCACUCAGUAUCGGUAUCUGGUGAAGGUUCAGUCUCAUUGGGGACCGUUAAACCCUCAAGCCCAGGUCCAAAGAGGAGCGAUUUAGUUCGAGUCACUCGUGCAGAGGAGCAGCUCCAGCACUGGGACAUGGAACCACAGAGCGUCCCAGCUUUGCAGGGAGGCUGAAGGUCUAACACACAGGCAGUCAGACAACACCACCCCGGUCUCUGCAGGUUGGUGUAUUUGUUUUAAAGGUUGCAUUGAUUGAUUUUUCUUGCAGUGCUCUAUUGUUUAACAGUACUUUAUACUCUGCUUCCACUUGCUCCUGUUGCUCAUUCGUUCUCCUGCAGCUGAUGGCUUUCUGUAUGAAAACCUCCCAUAUUCACUCAGGACGAUGAUGGUGAGGCUUGUGUUGUCUCACAUCGAUGGCCUCGUAUUCCGGUGCUGGAUUCUGACUGGCACACUGCGCUCCUGUCUGCCCCCUCAUCCCCUCCAGCUCACUGGAGGGGAUGAGGGGGGAUGAGGAGUGAUCACUGGUCACUCAGCCUCUGACGUCUGCAGAGGGGCUGCGCUGUUCUUAAAACAGAACGCUGUGGUGCAGCGCAGGAGGAGAGGCCGUUUGUCUGUGUGGAGCCUGGAUGUGAGCGCGCCGAGCGCGAGGAGGUCCGUCAGCCAUGAGCUCCAGUCUGGUCACCUCUUUAGCCAAAGUGUACGACCCGAAGCCUCUUCACGCUCAGAAGUGCGGUGGAAGGAAACCCUCUGUGAACGGACCCGACAGGUCCCAGGCCUCUUCCUCCUCCUCGUGGCCACACGACUAUGCCCUGCAGCACGUUGAGGCCCGAAUGGACUCGCUGAGCUGCCAGAUGGCGCACCUGCUGAGCAUGCAGCAGAGCGUCCUGGCCCGGCUGGACGGCCUGUCGCAGGAGCUGGCCUCCCUGCGUGAGGAGGAGCUGCAGAGCAGACGGGGGGCGGCGGCGGCGCGCGGGGAGCUGCGUGGGGCGGUGCAGAGGGCCAGCGAGCGGCUGGAGGGGGUGGAGGGGCUGGUGCAGGGCAGCCAGCAGGUGCUCAGCUUCAUUGGGGAGGUGGUGAAGAGCUCCAGGCUGGUGGAGCUGCUCUUCAAGCAGCCUGGAAGCAGGAAGGCUAAAGAUGAGAAGGAUAAAGGCAAACUGAGCCUGAAAGGUUUGAAGGGCCAGAAGAAGAAGAAGCCUCCAGACACGUCGGACACGUCCUCCCUGAACGAGCCAUCGCUGCAGCAGGUGGAACAGCUGAACAGGCAGAACACAGAGCAAACGCAGGUCAAUGCCGAGGCCGACGUCCAGAGGGAGAGCGGAGGCGGCUCAGGAGGAAAACAGGAGCCGACGCAGCUGAUCCUGAACGGACCUCACGGCUGCACAGCCCCGACCCCCGAGAGAGAGGACAGAGAGGAGGAGGAGGAGGAGGAGGAGGAGGAGGAGGACAUCUUUGAGGACUCGGAUGAAGACGGGGACGAGGAGCAAAAUGUUAGUGCGGAACCAGUGGGGAAAGUGGAGGAUGAAGAGAAGGACAGGAAACGAGAGCGAGAACAGGGAUCAGAGUCUGAGCAAACGCAGACGGACGUCAGCAAAGAAAGCUCUGAGGAGGCUGGAGACGCCGCCGCCUGCAGCAAACGGCGGGUCACCGGAGAGGAGCUGGUGAAAGACGACCUGAAGAAAAGUAAAGUGGCAGACGUGGAGGGAGGCGAGGCGCAGGCCUGCAGGUGUGAGGAGGCCGCGAGCCGACGGGAAGCGGAGGCCGCGAGCCGACAGGAAGCGGAGGCCGCGAUCCGACGGGAAGCGGAGGCCGCGAGCCGACAGGAAGCGGAGGCCGCGAGCCGACAGGAAGCGGAGCCGGCGGCGGAGGAAACGGCGGAGGCGGCGGAGGAAACGGCGGAGGCGGCGCCUGCAGCCAGCGAGUUCCUGAUUGACGUGAGUCCUCCACCUCUAGCGCCUUUCGAGCACCGCAUCGUGACUCCAAAGCCCCAUCAGAUCGCCACGUACUACACCAUCAACAGGGACGAGGUGCUGGGAGGAGGACGUUUUGGACAAGUCCACAAGUGCACGGAGAACCUGUCCGGCCUGACGCUGGCUGCCAAGAUCAUCAAAGCCCGGAGCCAGAAGGAGAAGGACGUGGUGCGGAACGAGAUCCAGGUGAUGAACCAGCUGAACCACGCCAACCUCAUCCAGCUCUACGCCGCCUUCGAGUCGCGCCACGACAUCGUCCUGGUCAUGGAGUACGUGGAGGGAGGCGAGCUCUUCGACCGCAUCAUCGACGAGAACUACAACCUCACAGAACUGGACACGGUGCUGUUCAUACGGCAGAUCUGCGAGGGGCUGCAGUACAUGCAUAAGAUGUACAUCCUGCACCUGGACCUCAAGCCUGAGAACAUCCUGUGUGUCAGCAGAGCUACUAACAAGAUUAAAAUCAUCGACUUUGGCCUGGCCCGGAGGUACAAACCCAGGGAGAAGCUGAAGGUCAACUUCGGGACGCCUGAGUUUUUAGCCCCUGAAGUCAUCAACUACGAGUUUGUGUCGUUCCCCACAGACAUGUGGAGCCUGGGCGUCAUCACCUACAUGCUGCUCAGUGGUUUGUCUCCGUUUCUGGGGGACGACGACAACGAGACGCUCAACAACAUCCUGGCCUGUCAGUGGAACUUCGAGGAGGAGGAAUUCGCAGACGUUUCGGACGAGGCCAAAGACUUUAUUGUGCGUCUUCUGGUGAAGAGCAAGAGCUGGAGGAUGAGCGCGGCCGAGUCGCUCAGACACCCGUGGCUGUCGGACCGGAGUCUGCACCACCGUCUGAACCAGAAGAAAAACAAGUGCCACUCCACACGUGCACCAUCUCUGGAGAACCAGACGGGUGAGAGUCAGAUGGGUGAGAGUCAGACGGACUCUCCGUGAGGCUCCGUCCUGCGACGCAGGGGCCCUGGAGCCCAACACUGGACCAAUGCCGCCGUCCGUGAGGCCACUGGCGACGGCUCAUUUUCAGCCCGGACGCUUCAGGUCUGCAGGAAAAGGACCUUGACUGUCGGCGCCUGGAGCUUCUGGGGAACGUGUCGCUUCUAGACUUCCUGCAGCUCAUAGACCUCCUUGUUUCCCACAGAAACAGCCACUCGCUCACAUCGGCCUGUUUGUUGCAUGCUUUGCACCGUUUGGCCUCUUUAAGAUUCAGCUUCAUUUGAGCAAAACAUGAACUGAUUUGUUUUUUACUUUAUAUAUUUAUUGACUUUUAUUUUCAAGUGAUUGGAGGUAGUUGACGUUCACACCACCUGUUAAUUUAUUUUGUAAGUUCACGUCACGUCUUCUGGUUUCCUGCUCGUCCUCUCUCGUUGCUUCAGCAGUUUGCAGCACCGUCUCACCUUCCAUGAAGGCGCGGCCGACAGACACCGGCCUAUGGUAACGGCCCAGUGCUCAUUUAUCACCUGCUUCUCUACCAGAAUGUACUGUCUGAGUGGAGACGGACGAGGAUUUCUGUUGAUUCGCCAGCGCAGAGCCGGCGCCGAGCGGAGCCGGAGUCCGUGCUUUAUUCCCAGGUUCUGGGAGGAUGAAGGGAUGUUCUUCACUCGGUUGUCGGCUCCGUUUGGACUUAGUUUUAAAUACUUCUUUACUGACUUCAUGUUACUUUUUCAAGUUUUCUUGUGUAACAAAAAGACAAAUGAAAAUGUAGAAAAUAAAUAAAUCACACUAUAAAAUCA